UAAGAUAUUAAAUUCUAACAUUCCCUAAUUGAGAUUCCAAUAAGAUGGUGCUAAAACCACCAAUGCAUUUGACUUUCGUACGUGUCCCUUCUCAGACACACCCUUUUCCACAAAGCAUUCAUUCAAACCAAUCUCCUCCACUCGGUUUUAAGGUUUCCACAUUGUUUCUAUUUAACCUAAGCUACUAAUACCAUAAGCCAAUCACCACCCUCAUAAUAAUAAAAACCCAACCCCUAUUUCUCCUCCCUUCUAUUUGGAAUACCGAAGCUGUCUUUUCUCUCUUCUCGUGGUGUUCUUCUUCCUUGUUUCUUCUUCAAAGAGAAAGAGACAAGACAAAAAGAAAAAAGAAAAAAAAGACUGAAAGAAAUCACCUUCGAUUCCUCUUCUCUGACCAUCUGCGCCAUUACUGGGUUGGUUUAUCAGCUUGGUUUUUUUUUUCCCUUUUCCACUGUCAUUUAUAAACUACAUUUGUACUCAUGAUGGUUUGUUGGCCUUACUUUGAUCCUGAAUUUGAUAAUCUCCCAGAGAGAAUAUAUGGUCCCCCAUGUAGAGUUUGCAUUGACAAUGACAGCAUGGAGGAAUGCACGGUGAUAAAGGUAGAUAGCGUGAACAAGCAAGGGAUCCUCCUGGAAGUGGUGCAGGUGUUGACAAAUAUUAAUCUUACCAUCUUAAAAAGCUACAUUUCCUCUGACGCUGGAUGGUUCAUGGAUGUCUUUCAUGUUAAAGAUGAGCACGGCGACAAAAUCAGAGAUCAAAAUGUAAUUAACUAUAUCCAGCAGGCCAUAGGUACAGUUAGAGAGAUCGAAAACACGGUGAAGGCCAUGGCCUAUCGCAAUGACGUAUUCAACUCCGAUCAACUGAGCGAGCACACCGCUAUAGAAAUGAAAGGAACCGAUCGACCGGGUCUAUUUUCGGAGAUAUCAGCAGCCUUAGCUGAUCUCCACUGUAACAUUGUCGAGGCACAUGCAUGGAGCCACAAUGCUCGUUUGGCUUGCGUGGCCUACAUUUCCGAUCAAUCCACCGACACCCCGAUCGACGAUCCCCACCGCCUUGCCACCAUCGAGGGCCACCUCACCACUGUACUACGAGCCACAACUACACCUACCCAAAGUGAGUCGGAAAUAGCCAGCCCACAAGAAGUGAAGACAGCUGAGUUUGGUGAAGGGACCAAUAUGACCGAUGUGGAACGCAGGUUACACCAACUUAUGCUAUCAGCAGGUGAUUUCCAUAGGCCAGAAUUUGUGGCAAUGACGCCGCCACCAUCACCAAGAUCAGACGGUGAUGAAGAAGGAAGAAAAACGGUUGUAUCAAUUGAGAACUGUCACGAAAAAUGGUACUCCAUCGUCAGCAUUGAAUGUAAAGAUAGACCCAGGCUCAUGUUUGAUACAGUGUGUACGCUUACUGAUAUGCAAUACGUGAUUUUCCAUGCAUCAAUCAGUUCCCGCGAUGGCAGAUCCUUGCAGGAAUACUUCAUAAGACAUGUAGACGGAUACGCUUUGAGUUCUGAAAGUGAGAAAGAGAAGGUUAUAAAAUGCUUGGAAGCAGCUAUUGAGCGACGGGUUUGCGAGGGGGUUCGACUAGAACUGAGUGCAGAGAAUCGGGUCGGGUUAUUGUCGGACAUAACUCGGGUUCUAAGGGAAAACGGCCUGAGUGUAGUAAGAGCAGAUGUGAAAACCCAAGGAGAAAAGGCAGUGAAUGCUUUCUACUUGAAAGACAUUUUGGGGAAUGAAGUCGACACAAAUGUGGUGGAGUUGGUGAAGAAAGAGAUGGACGACGUUAUAGACUUUGAAGUGAAGAACGAUGGUGGGGGUGGCAGCAGCAGUCAGCAAGGUCGGUGCCUGUCAAGCUCGCCGCCGCAAAGGUCGCCGGGACUCUUCUCUCUUGGAGACGUUCUUAAGUCUCAAAUCCAACGCUUUUCUCAUAAUUUUAUCCCUACCAAUUAGUGAAGUUCGUUUAAAUAAAAUCACUUGGAUGGAGGGAGAGGGAUUGUAAAUAAAAAAAAUAAAAAAACAGGGUUCGUUUGUGAAUAACCAUAGAAAUCGCUCCUAGGAAUAUGUAAAUAUAUAAAGCUAAGGAUUCAAAUUUGUACAUAUAACAUAUGAAAUGCUGUGUAUAAAAAUAAACUUUUAUUUUUU